CUCACUUCAAACCACCCGAACAUCUCGAGCGCCUCAGGGCAGGUGAAUGAAACUCGCCCUGCAAUCACACAUCCACACGCGAGCGCGCACGGGAUCUUUAAACACCGAUCAAAACUAUCGAUCAAACCCGCGUGUGGACGAGGAUGUGUUAAUCGGACCGUGUUUGGAGUGUCAGUGUAGGCUACCUGCAGCUGAAGGACCAGCGGCCCUGCACUGGCCUCUGUCUCGGUCCCAGCCACACUAGUCCAGCCUCGCAUCUCCUUGGGUGACCAGAACACCCGAGCGUCCCAUCUUGGCUGAAUGUUGACAUUGGAGAUUGGUGGAUGCCAACAAUGAUGCCAGAUCCAUAUCUCGAGACCAAAGGGCUUUCCAGUAUUUCUGGGAUCAGCAUGUCUCCUCCCAGGCAGAAUUCCUUCCCAUCACUCCAUUCCACCAUGGCACUGCCCAAAACCUCUUACAGUGUGUUAAGUGCUUUCUGCACUGAGGAGAACGUGCCCCAGUGUAUCACAUACAUCAAUCAGGAGAUGUGUUCUCUGGGCCUGUCUGGAGUGAAUCUGGACUCUAAUUUAGACCGUCUGAGUGCAGUCCUGGUUCUGAACCUCCUGUAUGAACUGCUGCAGCUGCAGAGGAAAGCUCAGCGCUCUCUACACGAGCUGGAGACCCAACAGCUGAAGAACGGCAGUGACCUCGAACAUAUGCAGCACAGCAACACCAGACUCAAAGACCAGUUGGAGCACACAAGAAGAGAGAACUCAGGCCUUCAUGAGGGAGAGAGACAGUUAAUGCUGAAGAUCAAGACCUUACAGAACUGCCUCAAGUCAGAGAAAGAGGAAAUACAGAAACUGCAAAGCAUCAUUGCCAGCCGUGCCACACAGUACAACCACGACACCAAGAGGAAAGAGAGAGAGUGCACCAAACUGAAGGAGCGUCUCAACCAGCUACUCAUGGACAAGAGGGACAAAAAACUCUCCAUUGAAGUGUCAAACUAUGUGGGGAGGUCAGAUGGAAAGAGAGGCCAUUGGAAGACGGACAAGAUGGAGGCCAGACAUGAGGGUGAGAUGUACAAAGCUCUGCUGAGUGAUUAUGAGUCUCGUCAGAGAUCUCUGAUGCUGGAAAACUCUGAGCUGAAGAAGGUCUUACAGCACAUGAAGGGAGACAUGAUCUCCAUUCUCAGCCCAAAGAAACCUUUUGUCAAAACAGAGCUGGCAGAUGACAGCCUUGAACAGGCCAGCUCUGAUGUUGAAGAGGAGGCGUGUAACUCCAGCAGAGAGACUCUAGAGCAGUCACGAGAGCAGCUCACCAACAGCAUCCGCCUGCAGUGGAGGAAACUCAAGAGCCACAUGCAGAGACUCGACAGCCAAGCAUCUCUGGUGGCUUGUCAGGAGCGUGAUGGAGAGGAUCUGAUCUCCAGGAGUGAACACGAGGAGGAGGUGCAGCGCGUGAGACUGGAGCUGCAGCAGUGUAAAGAGUUCAUCCACAUGCAGCAGCAGCUCCUGCAGCCGCAGCUGAGUUCCCCGUUUGAUGAUGAGACGGCAGCUCUACUGAACGACUGCUACACACUGGAGGAGAAAGAGAGAUUGAAAGAGGAGUGGAGACUCUUUAAUGAACAGAAGAGGAACUUUGAGAAGGAGAGGAAGAAUUUCACUGAAGCUGCUAUUCGACUGGGUCAUGAGAGAAAAGCUUUCGAAGAGGAUCGAGCGGCAUGGCUGAAGACCCAGUUUUUAAACUUGACUCCAUUUGUAGACCGCAAAAGACCUGCACUGCCUGAACCUCAAAGUGCCUUAUCAGUCAGCACAGAACCUGAGGCCAAAGUCCAGUCCACUCCACCCCUCCUGACACAGUCCCUGUCCUACAGCGCGUUCUCCACCCCCAAAGCUGCUCCAGUGAAGAUGCCCUCCACCGCUGACCUCUACCGUACACUGCGACUCAUUCCAGAGAGCAGAGUUCCCGGCAGACGACCGAGCAGUGAAACGUUGACUAAAUCACGGCUGCAGAACAGCUCUGCAGACUGCAGCUUCAUCUCAUUGGUCAGAGAUGAGCAAAGCCCCAUCUAAAGGUACUGCAGUGUUACAGUGUGCUCGCUCUCCAUGAUUCAUGAAAGGGGCACUUGAAGCUUUCUUGGAGUCUUCCCAAUAACCUGCUUAUUCACCUCCUCAUCUGAUUUGCUGUGUUUUCCCUAUUGGAGGGAGCUGGAUUGAGGAAAAGAGCUGGUGUGUUUAGCUGGAUAAAACUGAUCUCAGAGACAAUCAUUUGCUCACAUUUGCAUUGACCUCUUCUGAUCUCGUAGCAAUAAAUUACUAAAGCUGCCAAUGUCUAUUGUAUUGUAGUUAAAACAAGAAUUAAUGAUGUAUAUACCUCACUAAGAGGUACUACAUAAGACCUCACUCAAUCUGAUUUUGCACUUUAAAGAGGAGCAAUCAUUUUUAAACACUAAUAUAAAUCUAAUAUAAUUUGAUGUUUUGCAUAUUAUUGUUGCUUUAAACGUGCGUAACUCGGUCAUGGGUUAGGUUUCAGGCAAGGUAUUUAGACUUAAAAGUUUUGUACUUUUAUGAUUGUAAUUAAGUGAAAUUAGGUACUAUGUCAUGUUUUGAUUUUGUAAAUUUAAGACGUUGAAUGGGUUGUUUCAUUUGAUAAAUGCUAUGUUCACUUGAAUGUUGAAUAUUUGAAUGGACGAAUCAUGAAUGUCUUUGGUAGAGCUUAAAAUAUUUUUAGAAGCCACAUUUCUCAGAAUCAAUGCAAUAAAGCUUGAAAGAUUUAAGAUGAACAAUCUUGUUAUUACAAAC